CUGCUGAGCGGUUUGAGGUUUACUGUUCUUCACUCACGCGGUGGGAGACAUUUAAAUAGUCCAACAGUAAAAUAUAGCUUAUCUAAACACCUUUUCCCUGUUUGUAGCUGUUGUCGUCCAUUUCACGUGAGAAUGAAAAGUUAGCUUAUCAUGGUGCAUUGUUAUGAUUCUCGUGUUUCCGGCAGACGUGAAGGCAGCAUUCAGGCUCAAAGGUCUCCAUAGCGACAAGACGCCUCUGCACGAUCUCCGUUAGCCUUUGCUUCUGACACGAAGGAAGCACUCAAUCCUAAAUUAAGUCUCACAAGUUUAAUUCGACAGUAAUAACGAAUAAAUAACCAGACAUUUCACCAAACCAAUAAACGUUUAUAAAAUACUUGUGAAGGACGUCGUACUAAAGUGCCAGGACCCCGAACGAGAUGCCACUGCUUGUUACAGACCACUCGUGGACGCAGACAGAGUCAAUGGUUUUCAUUAGCGUGCCUCUGAAAGGAGCCAAGAAAGUGAACAUAGUAUCGUCAGACGAGUACCUGAAGGUUCAUUUCCCACCAUUCCUGUUGGAAGUUUUCCCUUCUGAGCUUGUUGAUGAUGAGCAAAGCUCAGCAAAGAUUGGAAACGGAGUUGCAGUCAUCAGUUUGACCAAGAGGACCAACAAACUGUGGGAACAUUUAUCAAUAAGUACAUAUGAUAAGGAAACAAAAAGAGAAGUCAGAGAAAGAGCUCUUUCCAAAAUGCAGGAAAAGCUUGCUGCAGAGGCCAAAAACAGAUCUGAGAAAAGGCAUAAUGAGAAGAAAUAUACUCUGAAGAAAAUGAUGAAUAUUGAAAGUGAGGAACGCGAAAUCAUCCAGAAAAUGAAGGAUGAGGAACGAGAGAGAACCACGGCCGAACUCGAAGCAUGGCAGCUGAAGGAGAAGAAAAAAACUGAGGAAGAAGCGCGACUCAAGCUCCAAAGUCAGUCCAAUCAUUUGAGUAAAGUCAGAGCGGUGAAGCACAAGAGUGAGACUGACGGAUCAGGAGGAAGCAAGCUCAUAUUUGAUCAAACAAGUGUGAGUGAAGCAGAGAGGAAGAAAAAGCAAGUGGAUCUUCCUGCUCCAAGAGUUGCAGGAAACAUUCAGGUCUCCUUCACUCCUCGGGUUUUCCCCACAGCCCUCCGAGAAUCGCGAGUUGAGGAGGAAGAAGAGUGGCUGAAAAAGCAAGCGGAGGCCAGGCGUGUCGUCAGCGCAGAUAUCGAAGAGCUCAAUGACUUAAGGGAGGAGGAGAGGAAUCCCGACUGGUUGAAGGAGAAAGGCAACAAAUGUUUUGCAGCCGGAAACUACCUGAGUGCUUUGAAUGCCUACAACCUGGCUAUCCGACUCAACAGAAAGAUCCCAGCUUUGUAUUCAAACAGGGCGGCGUGUCAUCUCAAGUUACGCAACUUUCACAAAGCCAUUGAGGACUCCUCUCAGGCCCUUGAACUGCUGACUCCAGCCGUUUCUGCCAAUGCAGCUGCCCGGGCGAGAGCUCAUGUGCGUCGAGGCUCUGCUUUCUGCCAGCUGGAGCUCUAUGCGGAAGGACUACAAGAAUACCAAACCGCUUUAAAGAUUGACCCGAGCAAUGAAGCACUGCAGGUGGACACACAAAAAAUUAGGGACAUCAUACAAGGCAGUGCAGAAUAGGAUGUGGCAAAGUGAAAGCCAUGAUGCUGAAAAGAUUUUUAUAGUCAUUGCCUGCCUGUCCGGGAAUUUAGCAGUUUGUUGAAUGGGACAAACACACCAAUGCAAAAUGAAGACACUCGCAGCGAGCAUGGAGAAGACACAAACGCUGAAUAAGCAUUUGGCGAAAGGCUGGAGCUCGGCCAAGGCGACGCAUUUCAUGAAUAGGAUUUUGAAAUAAUGACCGAGUCUAUUUUUGUAUAGCACAAAAACUUGGUAUUUGAACUGAAAUGUGUAAACUCUUUGUAUCCAUUGUACUUUUGACAGCAAGACACUGCUCUGUAUAAUGAAAAUCAAAUGUUUCA